GGGCGGGGGCGAUGGGGGAGGUGGCUGCCUUUCUUCUGUGUCAGCCUGGCUUUGGAAACCUGCGUGACGGUGCCUCGAGUUCUUGCUCAGAUUGCGGUUGUUCCAAGAUCUGAAGAAGAAUCCUGAUCCUUCAGAAGUAGCAUGCCCACAGUCUUCCUGGCCAAUGAUUCUUCUACAGCAAGCAGGACUUCUUCCUCAUCCUGAGAAGCCUUCAUCUUUUCCUAUGUCAGUGGCUACAAGGCCGAGAGCCAGCUCACCACUGUCCCCACCGAAAUCUCAUGGACUGGGGCCUUCCUUUCAUCCCACACAAGAAGAAGAGCUUGCAAAGGUCGUGGAGCAGGACCCUAUGCUGGAGGAACUGUGUAAGCCUCUGUGCUGUAAGCUUUGCAAUGUCACUCUGAAUUCAGCCCAGCAAGCCCAGGCUCAUUACCAGGGUAAAAACCACAAUAAAAAACUCCGAAAUUACUAUGCUGCUAAUAGCUGCCCGGCACCUGCCAGAAUGAGUAAUUCGGUUGAGCCUGCCCCACCUCAGGUUGUCUCCCUUCCAACUCAGAUGGGAUCCAGUAAACCAGGUGGCCGAGUGAUCUUGGCCACAGAGAAUGAUUACUGCAAGCUUUGUGAUGCCUCAUUUAGUUCUCCGGCUGUGGCACAGGCUCACUACCAAGGGAAAAAUCAUGCCAAACGGCUGCGUCUUGCAGAAGCACAGAAUAACUCAUUCUCGGAUGCGUCAGAACUAGGCAAACGGAGGGCAAGGAAAGAAGGGAAUGAAUAUAAGAUGAUGCAGAACAGAAGAAAUAUGUAUACAGUUCAAAACAACACAGGUCCCUACUUCAAUCCCCGCUCACGCCAGAGGAUUCCUCGGGAUCUGGCAAUGUGUGUCACCCCCAGUGGUCAGUUCUACUGUUCCAUGUGCAACGCUGGGGCUAGUGAGGAGAUGGAGUUCAGACAACACUUAGAAAGCAAACAACAUAAAAGCAAGGUGUCCGAGCAGCGGUAUAGAAAUGAGAUGGAGAACCUAGGCUAUGUACAAUGAUGCUCCACCCUUGGUAGUAGUUUGCAAAUAGAGCUGCUUCUCUCUCGCCUGCUGUUUGCCACGUGCCCUGCUUUGUGCUCCAUUUGAUAGGAGUAUGCUCUCGAGCUAUACAUGUAACACCUGCAAACUUAACGGUAUGGUUAGAUUUUUUUUCAAUCAUAGUUGGCAGGAUGAUGCUAUGCAGGACAUGAAGUGUUUUUGAUGUUUGUUUGCUAAUUAACUAAAGCUUUUCAUUGUAUUGAGCGGCAGGGAGGACUGUGUCUUCUCCUCGGCCUUGUGCAUGAAUAUGCAAAGCCCAAGAAGUGCUGGGAACUUCUGUGGUUCUACCACACAGGUGCACCAUGUGCGAAGUCCACUCCCCUCUUUGCACACCUUUCCAGAAUGCCUCCCUGCAGCAGACUGAAUCUCUGGACAGCUUGUAAAGGAGGCACAGGAAUGAGGCCUGUAAAUGUGUGAAUUGGAUGGUGUACUUGUCCACAAAUUGCUGCUUGUGGCCCCCAUUACAGCCCAGAGUAAGUUCUUUCCACGUCCUUCUAGAAAUGUUGUGCAUACAUCUCCUCCUUGGAGGGUCUUGCCUCUUACUGCUUCCUCUGUGAUGCAGUGUCAUUCAGAAAUACUUUCUUCUACCAGUUAACAAUGAACAAAGAUUCUCAGUGUUGUUGGCUGGGCAUCUUAGUGCACCAUGGGUGUAGCUUGUCUCCCUGAAGAAAGCCCGUGGGAGUCUUGGUGGCUUAAUGAAGUGAAUCGGAAAGCAAACCUGAUCAGAUACAUGAGAUGUGCUCUGCUCUGAUUCUGCCUUAGCCUGAAUAGGUUGGAAGGAGCUGUCAGCUGUAAUUUCUUUGCAUACUGAUGUAGAAGGGAGUAAGCGUUGGUCUCUGGCCUGCACCUCUGUUGCUUUCAGAGGGCAGGGCUGCCUGGACCUUUGGGAACAGGUAUUGAUAUGUCCCACUUCAUGCCAUUCCCUGGACAAAGCCCAGAGGGUGUUAUAGAGGAGAGUCGAACUAUUCCAUUUGACUAGAGCUACUGAUAUUGGAUGAAUUUUGUCCCCUCUUUCUUUUCCCAUCUCGGAAUGGGUUUUAGUUGCAUUCCUUGAUGUCAACUUCACUGUUUUAGGGACCAUCAAAAAGCCAAAAUUAGGUAGGAUGUAAAUGUCAGGGGUGAUGAUUAUUUGAGUAACAGCUUUUUGGCUACGCAGAAGUAUUCAUGAAACUUGUUAAGCAACUUUGUUAAGUGUAGACAAACCCAAAGGGUGUGUAUCUGUUUUGAUUUUCCUUAGCAAAAGUAGAAAGACCAGAAUUAGAUUUAUUGAUGUUUAUUUUUCUGCUCAUUUGCGUAGAUAUGAGGAGCUGUGAUUGGAAUCCAGUUCACACUGUUUCUAAAUCAUUGGCUCCUGUGGCAAGUGCAGCAUGUGGGCAACCCCCGCUGGACCUGAUUCACCACUGCGCUGCUACGGCUGUACACUGGUAUAGCUUCCUUGACUUCAGUGGCAGGUGCAGAGAAGGGGCAAAGAGAGCAUCACGGCCUGUCUCUCACACCUCUGUAGGCAGUAGUUUGAAUUAGAUGCAGCUCAAUUGGUGUCAGUAGCAUUUUACCAGGGAUAAAUUUUACCUAGUGCAUAAUGUUGAAGGCAAUUCCCCUCUUCUCCUUUUUUUUGCCAUUCUGAUCCUGCCUCUCACAUUCCAGAAGGACUUCCUGCUUGCCUUAAAAAAUGAAAAAUGGGUAAAUAACAAAAAAGUCUGGAUAGUUUUUAUUCAUCUUUCUAGUCCAACUCAAAAGGUUUGUUGUACUUGGCUGCUUAUCAGAAAUAGAGUAUUGUUAUCUUUAGCUACCUGAGCAUCAGGUAGCCAUACAACCUUAACGCAGCUUUCCUAAAUCUAGGCAAAGUGAGCUUUUGCACGGUAGUUGAAAGCAACCCCUACAUCAUUCCGUGCUGAUCCUUGCACUGCAGAUACAGGCAGAACAAGGAACAUCCUCUUGAAUGGGAUUCCCUCCUCUCCUUUGUUCAAAGCCCAAUUAAAUAGGGGUUGUGUAGUGGAGCACAUUAGAAGGUCGGACAGGUGCCCAGGUUGCAAAGCACUAAUAGAGCAGUUUUUACAGCCUGUAAGUCUGUUUCUUUUGUACUUUCCAGACCCUGGUUCACCCUCUGUGUAGCCUUGAAGUACAUUCCCCUUACAAAAAUCUCUUGUCAGCCUUUUCCCCUCAUCUUUUGCAGUCAAAGAAGGGCUUUGGUUUUCUCUUUGUGUUCUGUAUUUUGUGUUGCUGGUCUAACACCACUGUGCAGGGCCGGAGGGAGUUGGUUGAACCUUACUACAAUGUUCUUUGCCAGAGUAGUCCCUGCAUUAUGGUUAAACAUCCCUCUUUCUCUGAAUUAAAGUGUGGCAUUUCCCACAGGCAGCAGUUUUUAGCAGAAAAACAACACUUUGUGAAAUACAAACUGAAGGAGCUGUAAGUACUGGUAGUGUCUAGCUUAUUGUUAGCUCCAAGAAGGCAUUUUUUUCUGCUUUCAUGUGUCCAAAAAGUCAGCUGUUCACCACUUUGCUUUGAUUGCUGCUCCUGUCCCAGUGAUCUGCUGCUCAUUUGGCAUUUCCAGUGCCUGUUGGAGGUGUCAGAACUCAGUUUGCUCCAUGUGCUGUUACCUGCUGGUGCACACGUGCCACAGCACACUGAUGUGCUAGUGUGUUUGGGAGGCUGUGCGAGGGAGGUGCAGGCGGCUGUUCUGCAGGCUCCUCUCUGCAUAGAGCAGCUGGUUUUGAGGAAUGGCUUGAGUCUGCCCUCAACAGGGAAGCCUGUAUUUGCUUUGUUCUUUUCAAGGGAGUGCAGCAAGUGAAUUGGCAUCUUCCCGAGAAUUUCAAAGUGGUAGUAUAGCAGGUAUAAAGCAGAUAGUGGGACUCAAGUGACAAGAGUAGGACAGGUUUCCUACAUAGGUAGGAAGAUAUUUCUUGCUGGGAGAAGCAGCUGAGCUUCGCUUUGUCCUAGUACUCUACUGUGGCCCUUCCUUACAAAUGACCAAAGCUUUCCUCUCCCUCUUCAGCGUUGCUUAAUGGUUUGUGAUCUUCCCACUCUGUCCCCAACACAGAAAACCAUUGACUGCAAAGAGAAAACACCCCGCCUCACUAAUAUCACUGGGGAUCAGGCUGAUCCAAACUCAUACUUGUCAGCAUGAGAAAUUGGGUGGACCCCGAUUUAUAUUUUUUUUUAGUGAAAGCUGUUCUCCGAAUCAGUGUUCAAAACGUAUAUUGAGAAUGCGUCCUGGCCGAUCUCUAUUUGACAUAGGUGGGCUGGGGAGAAUAUGGCACAACUGCAGUACUGUUUUCCAGACCCAAUGAAUCUUUUCCUCAUGUUAAACAAAGUACCAGACCCAAGAAACAGGGCUUCUGUGAAGCUGUCACAUUGGCCAGUAGGUUAAUGACCUUUGCUGCUAGAAACAAAAUAUAAAUCAAUGUGUUCAUAUUUAUUUUACUGUGCUGACCACUAGUUAAUUUGUUAAUAUUUAAGGCAUUAUUAUGUAGGUUGUUUUUGUUUAAAUAAAAAACUCUACAUCGCACUUUUCUUUUGGAUCAGAGCAGGUAUUUAUUGUAUUUGUGAAAAUGUUUUCCCUUCCACAUAUGUACUGUCUUCUUUACCCUCAUACAACCUUUCCCCCCUUCCGCCCCCCAAAACAACAAAACCCACCCCAAAACAAAAACAAAAAAACACAAAUUCAACCAGUGGAUCUUCUGUUUUUCUUGUCAUGCCAAACAAAAUGGGGAUUUCCUUGCAAUUCAGUCUUAGAUGUCUAUUUCUAUUUUUUUUUCCCUCCAAUGCUUCUUUUGGUAACUUGGAAUGAUAUUUUCAAACGCACAUGGAAUUCAUACUACAUUUAAGCAUUUCUUUUAAGGCAAGGAAGUAAAGUAUGUGAAAUCCGUGUAUUUAUGAGGAGUACGAAAGUGAUACUAUUUUGUUUGUAUUAAGCAUUAGCUGUUACUUUGCAUUCUGCACUGAGUGAAUGUGUUAUGAUCUUGCCUAACAUUGGUUUAUUUUUGACUUUUUGCUUCAUGUACAUCAAAAGAAACCCUGAAAACUUCUGUGGAGUUGCUUAGGAUGGUCUUCAAUGAAACAAAAUGCAGAUUUUUUUCUGUAAAGCUGCUUGUCUUUUUUCCUUUUCGAGGUGCCCAUUAUAGGGCAUUAGAAGGGAAAGCUAUUGCCAUAAGCACGGAUUCAUAUUUUAGCUUACUAAUGCAUGGUGUCCUUUUCCUAUGUUACUUAAGUAAUAGUCUCGCUGUAACCAAUGGGAGUCUUGCCCAGGUCAGGAGUAAAUGAAAUACCCUAGCUAAAUAUAUGAUGUUGGCUAGGGCUGGGCAAGGUACAUUGCUAAGAUUUGUCUUUUACUUAUGUUUGGCUUACAGUACUCUUAAUGUUUUGCUUUUUGAGUAAUUUGCAUCUGGUUCUGUAAGGAUUUGGUCCUGCUCCAGCUAAAACAAUUUGAAGUAUGUUGACUUUAGUUGAGUAGGAACAGGCCUUGAAACCCUUCAGGAAUUUCAUACUGCUGAAUUUUUCUCAUGUAUUUGUGUUUUGGUUUGUGCUUGUUUGGUUAUUUUUUCUUUGAGUUUUACAACUAUUGAUACAAGGAUGCUCUGGAUGAGAUGGGCAUCUGUGGCUGAUUAUGGAAAAACAAAAGCCACGGUUGCCAAAAGA